AUGGCAAACCUCCUCGAACCAAUCACCAUAGGCGGCAAGCUCACUCUCAGGAACCGUAUCGUCAUGGGUUCAAUGACUCGUAACCGCUGCAUCGACGAUAACAAACCCGGCCCAGCCCAAAUCAAGUAUUACGCCGACAGGGCCAAGUACGGCACCGGUCUCAUCGUCACUGAAGGCACUUUCGUCGAUUGGACUGGCUGCGACUGGAAGCACGCUCCUUUCAUGAUCACCCAAGAGCAUGCAGAUGCGUGGCGAAACGUAACUGACGCAGUUCAUGAUGUUGGUGGAAAGAUCUUCUUUCAGGCGUGGCAUGCUGGGAGGUGUCAGCAUGAUCAGCUGCCUAUUAUGAAGGAGAAGGGUGCCAAGGUUCUGGCUCCUUCUGCUAUCAAAGCCCAGGGAGGGAAAUACAGAGAAUUGCCUGGCAUGCCUGGGCAUACGGAUAAUAUCGAAGCCAUUACAGAUGUUCAAGCUGUCAUUGAUACUUACAGACGAAGCUGUGAGCUAGCUAAAUCAGCUGACUUUGAUGGCGUUGAGCUUCUUGCUCAAGGCCGCGCGAAUCGCCGCACUGAUGAAUAUGGUGGUUCAGUUGAAAACAGAUGCCGCUUCACCCUCGAGCUCGUGGAUGCAAUUGCCGCCGUCUUCAACGGACCCGAGUAUAUCUGCGUCAAGAUUAACCCUACAGAUCAUCUCAACGACUCUAUUGUCGACUUUGACGAGAUGAAGGAGACUUACACAUAUCUCAUCACCGAACUUGUUAAGCGAAAAGUUGGUAUUAUCAACCUUUGCCGUCGUGGUGCCGAAACGUCUCCUGGUUCAGGAGAAUUCUUUGGACCUCUUCCUCGCCCUGAAGGUUAUCCUCUGCCUCCUGGCUAUGAUCCAGUACUUGACUUUGGGAAACUCGUCAAGUUUCCUGGUAGUCCGACUUUGCUUAUGGCCAACCAUGAUUAUACCAUUGAAGCGGCUGAUGCUCUUAUUGGAGCGGGCAAACUCGACAUGAUUACGUUUGCGAGAGCUUUCAUUUGGAAUCCGGUGAGUAGUACAACAUCCGAGGAUUCCAAGUCUAACUAG